UGAUGAGUGACCUUAUCUUUGUAUUUCCAGAUGUUUUUGAUUCUCCAAAGAAGAAAUCCUCUGUGUUCAUCAUCCUCAAUGUGAUUUCUUUCUGGUGGGUUUCCAGCAGAGGGCAGCAUGGCAGCAGCACCUGCUCCAAAACGUGGGCGACUCCUGGAGCGCAGAAGCAGCUAUGGACUCCUGCCACCUGACAUGUCUGAGCUGAGGGUUGUUCUUCUGGGGAACAGCUGGUCUGAGAGGAGUUCUGUUGGGAAUUUAUUACUGAAAGAGCCUGUGUUUAACACUGAGGAAGAACCAAACCAAUGUCUGAGAGUCAGAGGACAGAUAAAGGAGAAAGAAAUAGUCCUCAUCAACACUCCAGAUCUGCUGAAUCCAAACAUCUCUGAAGACAAACUAAGAGAACAUGUAGAACUCUGUGUGAGACUCUCUGAUCCUGGACCUCAUGUGUUCCUGCUGGUUCUACAGCCUGAAGACUUCACUGAGCUACAGAGACUGAGGAUCUGCAGAGUCCUGGAACUAUUCAGUGAUCAAUCAUUUGAUCAAUCACUGGUUCUGAUUUCAGCAUCCAGAGAGGAGAGCUCAUUUGAAAACUUCAUGAAGAAUCCGUUCUUUAGAGACCUGAUCAGAGAGUGCAGAUACAGAUACUUGUAUCAGAAGAACCUGGAACGUUCAGAGCUGCUGACACGUUUGAGCCAAAUCGUAAAAGAGAACACCAGAGAAGAUCUGAGUGAUGAGCAAUCUGAAGAUGCUGGUUUAACCAUGAAACCAACAUCUGAGCAGAAAAAACCUCCUCUGAACCUGGUCCUGUGUGGUAGAAGAGGAGCUGGGAAGACUUCAGCAUUUAAUGCUAUUCUGGGACAAAGAAAGUUUGGUGGACCUGAAGACUCAUCAGAGUGUGUUAAAACCCAGGGAGAGGUGUGUGGACGUCGGGUUUCCCUGCUGGAGCUGCCUGCCUUGUCUGGAAAACCUCAGGAGGCAGUGAUGGAGGAAUCAUUCAGGUGUAUCUCCCUCUGUGAUCCUGAGGGCGUCCAUGCCUUCAUCCUGGUCCUAUCUGUGGGUCCCCUCACUGAUGAAGACAAGGGAGAGUUAGAGACCAUCCAGAACACAUUCAGCUCUAAAGUCACAGACUUCAUCCUGAUUCUGUUCACUGUGGAGUCAGAUCCUACAGCUCCAGCUGUUGUUGACUUUAUCAGACAGAACAGAGACAUCCAGGAGCUCUGUCAGAGCUGUGGAGGAAGAUCUGUUGUUGUCAACAUGAAGGACAAGCAGCAGAUCCCAGAGCUGCUGGAUCAAGUGGACAAGAUGAGACUGUCAGAUCAGAAACCUCACAGCUACACAACAGGAACGUUUGCUCAUGGCCAAAUGGAAAAGAUCCUAAAACUGGAGGCUGAAAACAAGAGACUGAAAAACCCUCAUGUGGUCACCUCUGAUAAAGAGCAGCAGAGAUCAGAGAGUCUCAGGAUUGUUCUGAUUGGGAAGACUGGGAAUGGAAAGAGUUCUUCAGGAAACACCAUUCUGGGGAGAAAAGACUUCACAGUCAAAGCAGUUCAACAAUCAGUCACCAAACGUUGUCAGAAGUCAGUGGGUAAAGUGGACGGACGUCCUGUUGUCGUGGUCGACACUCCUGGACUGUUUGACAGCAGUUUAACCCUUGAACAGGUUCAUGAAGAGAUGGUGAAAUGCAUCAGUCUUCUGUCUCCAGGACCACAUGUCUUCCUGCUGGUGUUACAGAUCGGCAGAUUCACACCAGAGGAGAAGGAGGCACUGAAACUCAUCAAGAAAGUCUUUGGAAAGAAUUCUGAAAAGUUCACCAUCAUUCUUUUAAUCAGAGGAGAUUCACUGCAGGCAGAUGAUAUGUCUGUUCAAGAUUAUAUUGAACAAUGUGAUGAGUCCUUCAAGAAGCUGAUCUCUGACUGUGGAGGAAGAUACCACGUGUUCAAUAACUAUGAUAAACAAAACCGAACACAAGUCAGUGAACUGAUAACAAAGAUUGACACCAUGGUAAAGGAAAACGGAGGAAGCUGUUUCACCAAUGCUGCAAGAAGCUGAAGCAGCCAUACAGAAAGAAAUGAAGAAAAUCCUGAAGGAGAAGGAAGAAGAGAUGAAGAGAAAGAUGGAGGAGCUGGAAAGACAAAAACAUGAG